AAGCCUUUCUCGUAUAAGUGUUUAAUGUUUCCCCCCUUCCUGCGUAACGGCGUUAUUUUCCGUCGUUUAGCUAUAAAUAAAGCCUCCAACUUCCUUCUUCACAUUACAUUCAUUCAAUUCAAGUUUCUCUCUCUCAGAUCAGCGACAAUAACCCUGCCCUUUGCUUUAUAUUAAUGGUUGCGUGAAGCAGAAGUUUGGAAUAAUAGUCGUUCUGUUCUCUACUCUCUAGCUUGCUACCUUCUUGGAGAUUUGGUAAUUAUUGCAAACUCCUCACGUUUCUAAGUUAGUGUUUCUCGAAAUGGGGAAGAAAACAGAGCUCGGAGAUCACAAGGAGACAGCCAAAGUCGAAGCUGUUCUUGAGCUUCUCAGAAAACAAACCCCUCUCACUGUUAAGCAGGAGAAGUUUUGCAACUACGCUUGUGUGAAACGGUUCUUGAAAGCAAAAGGGGAUAGUGUGAAAAAAGCUUCGAAGCAACUCAAGGCCUGUCUUGCCUGGAGAGAGAGUGUAAUCACUGAUCACUUGAUAGCGGAUGAUUUCUCAGCAGAACUGGCUGAUGGGUUGGCCUAUGUGGCUGGUCAUGACGACGAAUCCAGACCUGUCAUGAUUUUUCGUUUGAAGCAAGACUAUCAAAAGUUGCAUUCCCAGAAAAUGUUUACUCGUUUGCUGGCCUUUACAAUGGAGGUGGCUAUUUCGACGAUGCCAAAAAACGUAGAGCAAUUUGUGAUGCUUUUUGACGCAAGCCUUUACAGAUCAGCAUCUGCUUUCAUGAACCAAUUGCUACCAGCACUGAAAAUUGUGGCGGAGUACUACCCAGGAAGACUAUGCAAAGCCUUUGUGAUAGACCCUCCCUCACUUUUCGCUUACUUGUGGAAGGGUGUUAGGCCGUUCGUGGAGCUAUCAUCGUGGACCACGUUGGUAUCAUCGUUGGAUUUCGAAGAAUCGUUCGACUUCAACGACUUCGCGGCGUACCCGCGAGCCUCGUCCCUCCGAUUCGAUGCCUCGAGCGUGAAAUCAACGGCGAAGAUAGGCUCGUGCUCCUCUUCCCGCUUCUCAUUCACCGUCUCUCACCACCUGGACUCCUUGAAGCCCUGGUACCUGAGCCUGGCCGACACGUCAGCAUCGAAAGUGGGACCCACGAGUCCCUCUCCCGCGCUGAUCUCGCCGCUAAACGCGCGCUCGCUCUCGUUCGCCUCGCCCGUCGCGAGGACGCCCCGCGGCCCCCCGGCUUCCAGGAAGGGCCUCUUCCCCUCCACCCCGCUGCCGCAGCGAGUGACGGCCCCGCCGAGGACCUCGUUCCUGCAGUCGCCGGCAACGUUUUUCCGUCGAGAGAGCCACGCGACCGUGAAGGGAGAGAGGUGCCGAGAAUCGUUCUUGCCCUAUGUGAAGUUCUACAGAAGACCGUACGACGAAAUGGUUUACAGGUCGAAGAUGCGGCCCCCACUCGGUGGCCUGAUCUCCAUUGUUUCCCCUCACAUCAGAAGACGUCACGUUUCCGUUUCUCAGCGUUUCUAAUAUUUUAAUUUCAAAAAUCUAAAUAGCACUACACCGCAAUCGACCCCUCUAAUUUACCACUGCAAUUCUCCCUUCACCCGAGUACAUAGUGUUAGUAUAUUUGAAUGUAUUAAUUACUAUUAUUACCACCAUGAAGUAGACAUUGAUUCGAUUUUUGAUCCUCAAUUUCAAUUUUCAAGUUCCCUCGUGCGUCAACAAUCUACACCUGGUGUUACUAACCGCGUUAGAAUUAAAAGAAUAAAAAACGACGACGUGCGAGGCGGGGUAUGAAACGGCGUGCAUCAUAUAUUUUAAUUUUUCGAGAGUCGUUCUGGAAAUAGCAUGGGAAGAAGGUAGCGUGGUCGAAACGGCGAACGCUGAGGUGCAGGUCGGUCGGAAACAGUAGUGGUUAUGGAAUGAAUGGGAAAGCGUUGAAAAUGCGAAGACAAGGGUGAUGGUUUGUGAUUUGUUUUACUAUUUAGUAGAAUUUUAUAUUGUGAGUUUACGAAGGGAAUCAUUUUGUGUAGAAACUUGGGUUGGACUUUGUUUGUUUAUAAUGAAUAAAAGGAGGAAGGAGUUUGAAAAGUUUUUGAUGACAGUGUACGGUGAGUUUGUAUUUUGUUGGCGGUUUGCAAUAAUAGU